GAAAACAGACAGCCACACAAGUACCCUUUGCCAGGUCCAGGACUGGGUACAAAAACACCCUCUGCUGGAUCCACAACUUGGUAUAGAGACACCCUCUGCUGGAUCCACAGCCGAGUACAGAGACACCCUCUGCUAGAUCCACAGCUGGGUACAGAAACACCCUCUUCCAGAUCCAUUGCUGGGGACACAGUGGGGAGCAAAGCCCCCUUCAGAGGACACACAUUACACCAUCACCCUUCAGUCAGAGGUGAUUCAGGUCUAGACAUGAACCCUUGUCUUUGGGUUCUCCCUCUACUCAUAAUGGUACAGUCCAAACGGCACCAUUUAAGCUGUGGGUGUGAAGAAGUCUGUGACUGCUGGAGCAAACUACAGUGGGUGAACUGUUCAGGCGCACUGCUUUCUCAGCUUCCUACUGGCAUCCUCCCUGUUACUGAACACUUGGACCUGUCUGUGAACCACCUGACCUCCAUCGACCAGGGGAGCUUCAGGAGCCUCCGAAAACUGAGGGUGCUGAUCCUGAGUGACAACAACAUUAGCUCCCUAGCUGAUGGCACCUUUACCCCCCUGGACAGCCUCCAGAAGCUGGAUCUGAGCCGUAACAGCAUCUCCUGGCUGAGCCCCGGCCUCUGGAUGGGCCUGGGGUCACUGAAGGAGCUUCUUCUGGCUGAGAACCAGCUACAGGACCUGAAUGACAGGAGCUUCCGUCACCUAGAUGGCCUGGAGAGGCUUAACCUGAACGCCAACUCCAUCCGCUCCAUCCAGACAAGGACCUUCAGUGGCAUGACGGCCCUGAGACAGCUGUACCUCCACCACAACCGGCUCACCUCCCUCAGCAGUGGACUUUUCUCCACGCUUCGCUCCCUGGAGGUACUCAACCUGUGUAACAACCACAUCAACAGCACCGAGGUAGGAGUUUUCACCCCCCUGCCCAGCCUGGCCGAACUCAACCUGGCUAACAAUAGCCUGAGCUCCAUCCACUUCAAGACCUUCCUGAGCAUCCAUAGCUACAGCACCCACAUCCAGUUGGUGAACAACCCAUGGUAUUGCGACUGCGACCUGCAGAGAGUGUUCCGGAAGCUGCACAGUGUGCACAGGCUCUUCCUAGAUGACUACCACAACCUGACAUGCACCAAACCAAAUGGGACUCAUUCACCAGUGGAAGUGACGGACCCAGAGCUUUGUGCUGCAGAGACUGUGACUGUUCUCAUCAUCACAGUCACUGUAGUGAUUGCUGUAGUAGCUGCCAUUGUUAAGGCUGAAAGGAACAGAAGAAAAAGCACGGGCAAGCACUGGAGUGAGGACAGUGAACUGUCAUAUUACUCUCAGAGCUAGUUAUCACUUCCUGCCAACAUGAUCAUACAAUGUUGGUCUUAAAAUGAGAAACACCCAGUCUCCGCCUUAAUAUUGCUAUUUUUUGUGUUAAUAUAUAAAUAAUAUAUAAAUAUUAAAAAUAUUGUAAAUGACAUCCAAUAUGAUUACCAGGACAAAUCAAUGUCUAGCUUAGGCAGCAGCAGUCUUGCUGGGUCUGGAACAGAAUUUAUUUCCCUAAUUGACCGGGAACCAUCCUAACGAAGUCAAUUUUGUCAAAAUGAAUUGCAGCAAUUAUGGUCUACAGCCUGUAGUUAAUCAAGGAGCAAAAAGAAGCACAUUUCGGAGAGAAUGAGGGGGUGCUGGGUUGGGAGUAAGUUUUUCUUUUUCUGAGGCUAUAAUAAAUAAUAAUAAAGCCUAAAAUAUCAAAGUGACAGCCGUGUGUGACAAAUUUCAAUUGAAAUUAAUUUUUUUUCGCGCAUUUUCUGAGAUAUAAGGUUAUUAUACUUAUCUGUAAGGAAGUCUGCAUUAUUUGGAGGUAUUGUUGUUAUUUAUUUACUGUAUUGCAGUGUACUAAAGGAUGGCCUACGAAGAAGGAUUUGACAAUUUUCCGAGUUUAGUUAAGGAUCAUUCCUACCGGACAAGCAUGAUUUCUAGCUUAAGUUAACGCAGCUAACUGAAAAAUCUUGAUUCAUGGAAUACCCCCGUGUACUAUAGUGUGUUGUGUACAAUCAAUGGCGUAUAAAUAAAACAACAUUUAACUUUUUAAUAUGAACUAUUACCGGAUAUUAAAAGACUGAAGCCACGAAACUGAACAGCUACCACGUAGCCGCGCAACCGUAAGUCUCUGUCAUUGUAACACAGUACAUUUGGAGCGAGGUGAUUCAUCGAGAAGGAGGACAGCUACCCAUCGCCGCAGAAUUCGUCAAACAGUUCGAGACAUGGCCUGUCACCUACAA